CGUGAUUGUUGGUAUAAGUGCGCUUCAGAAGUUACCUCCAUAGUCAGUUCGCUAGUCUCAGUGUUAAGAACGGUUCCAUAAUGGGUGCGUAUUUCUAUGCAAUCACCACAUUGAUUUGUUUAUUUACCAGAUACGAGGCCAAAGAUUUACCCAAACAUUUCCCAAAUUGUCAUAGACUCGAUCCAAAUUUGAACCAAUGUCUCAUCAAAGCAACAGAACAGGUCAAGCCGUAUAUGGCCACAGGAGUCCCAGAGCUGAAUAUACCACCAUUGGAUCCUUUCCUCAUUCCACAAAUAACACUUGAACAGGGAACCUCUGCUUUGAAUUUCAAGGCUAACUUGACUAAUGUAUUGAUCCAUGGUAUGACUGAUUAUACCUUCACUAGAUUUGAUUUUGACGUGCCUAAUCUCCAGUUCUUCUGCGAUGCCACGUUGAAAGAGCUGCAUUUGGAGGGAGACUAUACAGUGACCGGCAAAAUUCUCCUUGCUCCAAUUGUUGGUUCCGGAAAAUUCAAUGCAUCCGUUGAUAGCGUUAAUGCAACAGUAUACCAGAAGGUUGAAGAAAAAAUGAGGAAAGGAGCUACAUACAUUUUGCCUGUAUUUACUAACACUUCAAUUCAUGUAGGUGGACCAAAGGCCAAACUGGAAGGUCUUUUUGAUGGAAAUCCAGAACUGAAUCAAAUAACCAACAAAGUGAUAAACGACAACGUCGACGAAUUGUUUGAAGACUUGCGGCCGGUUCUGGAGAAGGUGUUGACAAACAUUCUAGAAGACCUAUUAUUCAAAGGAUUUGAGAGUCAAAUACCUUUCGCAAAACUGUACCCCCCAAUACCUUGAAAUAUUUUCAUAUAAUUGAAAAACUCGGUAAUUUUUUUUUUUAGGUUACAGAUUACAAAUAUGUUUUAGGACUUAUUAUACUGACUGAAUCAACUGAUGAAUAUUUGUAAUAAAUUUAGGUUUCUAUUGGC